UCCCUCCAUAUUGUUCAUCAAUUACUCCCAAAGGAGACAAUUCGAGGAAGGACGGACUCAGAAACGAAAGCCGUUCACUCCCGCGCAGUUUUGAAAUGAAACCCCAUUUACAAGAGUUAGCUACUCGAGUGAGCAGAACCGUACUUUCAAUUUCAAAUCACACAAGCCCGGCUGGAUCAUGGACCCCUUCACUGGAGCAGAAUUUGCAUCGACUCGGUUUUCGCGAAACGCUAAAUCCAUCGCUUGUCUCUCAAGUCAUCGAUCCUCAUCUUCUCAGUCAUCACUCCCUCGCUCUCGGUUUCUUCAAUUGGGCUUCUCAGCAACCUGGUUUCGCCCACAAUUCUGAAUCCUACAAGUCGGUUCUCAAGUCUCUCUCUCUUUCACGCCAAUUUGGGGCCAUUCAUUGUCUCUUGAAACAGGUAAAAACUCAGAGAAUUGGUCUCGAUUUAUCAGUUUAUCACUCUGUUAUUGAUUCGUUGAUCAUUGGCAAGAAGACACAUGAUGCUUUUCUGGUUUUUAAGGAGGUUACUUCAGUUACCCACGUUAUUGGAUCCGAACCAUGUAAUUCGCUUUUGGCUGCUCUUGCUUCUGAUGGGUUUUUUGAGCAUGCCCAGAAAGUGUUCGAUGAAAUGUCUCUUAAAGGCAUUCCUUUCAACACUCUUGGAUUUGGUGUGUUUAUAUGGAGGGUUUGUAGAAACGCUGAUGUAGUUAAAGUCUUGAACAUGCUAGAUGAUGCUAUGACCAAUAAUUCGGAGAUCAAUGGAUCUGUCGUUGCCACGCUGAUCAUUCAUGGGCUCUGUGGGGCAUCUAGACUUUCAGAAGCUUCAAAUAUUUUGGAUGAGCUUAAGAACAGGGGUUGCAAGCCUGACUUUUUGACGUAUUGGAUUCUUGGAGAAGCAUAUCGGUUAGCAGGGAGUGUGGUUGAUAGGGAGAAAACCCUGAAGAAGAAGAGAAAGUUGGGGGUAGCUCCAAGGCUUCAUGAUUAUAAGGAGUUUUUAUUUGCUUUAAUAGCUGGGAGACGGAUAUGUGAAGCUAAAGAGUUAGGUGAAGUUAUUGUGAGAGCAAAUUUUCCUAUGGAUGAAGAUGUUUCUAAUGUGCUGAUAGGAUCAGUCGCUGCCAUCGAUCCUUCCUCUGCUAUUAUGUUCUUGAUGUUCAUGGUCGAGAAAGAGCGAUUUCCCACUCUCUUGACUUUAAGGAAUCUGAGUAGGAAUUUAUGCAAGCAUGGAAAGCUUGACGAGCUGUUGGAAGUUUAUCAAGUUCUGAGUAAACAUAACUACUUCGAUGAUUAUGAUAGAUAUCGUUUAAGGAUUUCAUUCUUAUGCAAGGCUGGAAUGGUGAAAGAGGCCUAUGGAGUCUUGCAGGAGAUGAAGAAAAAUGGGUUUGCCCCUGAUGUAUAUUUUUACAAUUCUGUGCUAGAAGCAUGUUGUAGAGAAGAUCUACUUCGGCCUGCUAGGAAGCUGUGGGAUGAGAUGUUUGCCAGUGGCUGUGGAGGUAACUUAAAGACGUAUAACAUCCUCGUUCAAAAGUUUUCUAAAUCCAAUCAGAUGGAGGAAGCUUUGGUGCUCUACCGUCAUAUGCUUGGAAAAAAGGUAGAACCUGACAUUACAAUCUACACGUCCCUGCUUCAAGGGCUCUGUCAGGAAUCACAACUGGAAGCUGCUUUUGAAGUGUUUAGCAAGUGUGUUGAACAGGAUGUAAAUCUUGCGGGAACCUUGCUGAGCACUUUUAUCCUGUGUCUGUGUAAAGCAGGUCAUUUCCUUGCUGCUUCCAAAUUACUCCGUGGUCUCACAAGCGACAUUGCUCACCCAGACUCCCAUGUAACUUUACUGAAAGGUUUUGCAGAUGCUGGAGAGGUUCCACUUGCUAAGCAACAUGUGGAGUGGGUUCAAGAAACCUCCCCAUCAAUGUUGUCUGUUAUAUCCAGUGAGUUAUUAGCAUUUCUUCCUUCCUCUCCAAAAGCAGAUCCAAUUUUACAGAUUCUUCAAACAAUACAAGAACUAUCACGUUUCAACAAUUGGUGAAUGAUAUUCCUAAAGAUCUUCAAACA